GGCUUGGGCUGCCUUUAUUGCUGCGCGUCAUGUCGAAGUCGAAGCCCAGAUUCGCGUGCAUCGUGUUUGCCUGUAUCAUUGGCACGGCUUCGCUAAUCUGCGUGUGCGUCCUGCUGCUCAUGCGGCGACGUUCAUGCUGCGAGGAGGACGACGGGGUCUUCACGCACGCUUCAGUCGCGGCCGAUUCUCAGACUUGUUCGGACAUUGGAAGGGAUGUUCUGUUAGAAGGUGGCUCGGCAGUAGACGCUGCUAUUUCUGCGCUGCUAUGUACAUCGUUAAUUAAUCCUCAGAGCAUGGGACUUGGAGGAGGCUCCAUCUUCACCAUCAUGGACAAAAACGGUGAUGUGAUGGUGAUCAACUCAAGAGAAAUGGCCCCUAAAGAUUUGACAGCAAACCUGCUGGACAAAUGUCCUACUAAGUUCACAUUUAAUCCACCCGGUCCAGAGUGGAUUGGUGUUCCAGGUGAGCUGCGUGGUUAUGCCGUUGCUCACUUAAAAUUCGGUAAACUGCCAUGGACUCGACUGUUCCAGCCCACCAUCAAACUGGCCAGAGAAGGCUUUCCUUUUCCCAAGUACCUCGGCAAACUUUUCAGAUACAAACCAGUAAAAACACUGGUUCAGAACACGUCACUGUGUCAAUUAUUUUGCCACAAGAAUAAAACCAUUCUCGGGCCAGGUGAUACAUUACGAUACCCAAAACUUGCUGACACUCUGGAAACAAUUGCACGAGAGGGGGCUGAUGCUUUUUAUAAUGGCAAAAUCGCACAAGACUUAAUCCAAGAUGUGAAGGCUGCAGGUGGAUUAUUGUCUUUAGAGGAUCUAAGCUCUUUUGGCGUGAUAGUAAAUAAAGCAUUAUCGGUUCCGUUGGGUGAUUUAACAAUGCAUUUCCCUCCUCCACCAUUUGGAGGCCCUCUCCUCAGCUUCAUCCUCAACGUCAUGCAGGGUUUUGGACUUUCUCCCUUGUCUGUGAAGGGUGAGGAGAGGAAACUGACACUUCAUCGCUACAUAGAAACACUAAAGUUUGCAAAUGGACAGAAGAAUAUCAGAGACCAACAGAAAACACACCAUCUGAUGGAUUCAGGCUUUGCUGAUCACAUCAGGUCAAUGAUCAGCAGCAGUCGUACAUAUCCAGCAUCUUACUACAAUGUCACCCCAUCCACUGAUCGAUUUGGGACAACGCAUGUUUCCGUUCUAGCAAAUGAUGGCUCAGCUGUUUCUGUCACCAGCACCAUCAAUCACCUGUUUGGAUCAAGCAUCUAUUCUCCUAAAACAGGGAUCAUACUGAACAACGAGCUGUCAGAUUUCUGCGGAAGAGCCAAUUCUAUCUCUGCAGGUGCUCAGCCCCCAUCCUCAAUGUCACCUGUUAUUAUCCACUCAAAGAACCGAGAGAAAGUUCUAGUCAUUGGAGGAUCCGGAGGUAGUCAGAUUAUCACUAGCAUGGCCACGGCAAUAAUGAACAAACUGUGGUUUGGGAUGAACCUAAAGGAUGCCAUCAAAGACAAAGUGGUUGUUGUCAACUCAGAUAAUUCAGUGUUCUUAGAGAAGGGAUUUGAUGAGUCGAUGAAGGCAGCCAUACGGUAUUUUCAACAUAAUAUAACAAAUGAUACCCUUUCUUUUCACCAUGUGAAUGGCAUAAUGAAAGAGGAUGGCUGCAUCACUGCUUUCUCUGAUGAAAGGAAAAAUGGAAAAGCAUCAGGUUACUGAUCACACUGGAGCAACAUCUCCUUCGAGACUCAACUCACAUUUUAACUUACAGCUCUUUAAUUUGACUGUAAAGGAUCUAGAUCAUACCUUGUCCAUAUUAUACUGUUAUACUGUCAAUGUCUGCCUACUACGUAUUCCUUAUAGUAGAGUGUUUAAUGUAAUGUAGCACUCUAAUACAGAGAACUGAGUUUAUAUAGUAUUUUACUGUAAAAUAACAUGACAAGGACAUGUUACAUGUAUUUUCAUUUAAUCAGUGAAUCUUAACUAUCUAGUUGUAACGCACAAGACCCAAAACAGGUUUAAGGAUCCAUCUGCUGGAGGUAGAUUAGGUGACAAUCUAAUAUAAAGUUCAAAAAUUAAGGUUAUCAGGAGGGCAUUUAUCAAACACAAUGUGCAAAUCCAGGAAGCAAAGGUCAAAAGAUAAAAUGCAAUGUGUACAAGGUUCAGAAUGUACUCACACUAAGAGUUGGCAAGACUUUGCAAUGGUUCUUAGAUAGAGUUUGCUUUACACUGUGUAAACAGAAAGGUUUUGCUACGUAGUUUAGUACUAGGAGAGAGGGACCUUUCCUGGCAGGGCAAGGAGGUAUAAUGUCCUGGGUUUAUGUCAUACUAAUACAGUAGGACAGUAACGCUAAUAAAAAUGACAUAUUACUGCAUAGUACCUCAAAUCACUGAGCAUGCCAGUUAUUGCCAUAGGAACAACUGACAAUUUUAUAACACAAAAUGGUCCCUCUAAGCCAGGGGUGUCCAAACUGAUCCAUAAAGGGCCGUGUGGCUGCAGGUUUUCAUUCCAGCCAUGCAGCAGCACACCUGAUUUGGCUUAUUCAAUCAACUGACACACCCACCCUUUAAACAAGGGUGGGUGUGGCUGCAAGUAUUUGACUGUGUGAAGACAGUUCAGUUGAUUGAAUGAGCCAAAUCAGGUGUGCUGCUGCAUGGCUGGAAUGAAAACCUGCAGCCACAUGGCCCUUUAUGGAUCAGUUUGGACACCCCUGCUCUAAGCCCCUCAUUUCACCGAGUACGAUCUGGAAAAACCGUGCGCAACUAUGAUCGCAGCUAUGUUUUCCCGUAGUCACGGGCAAAAUCCGUGCGACCUAAACCCAUUAUUUUCUGUGUACGCUCUAUGUUCGAUGUUAUCUCGUUCGACCUUCGAUGUGUAUGCUCUGCCUGCAUCCUAUACGCUCUGUAGACGCUUUACAUACACUCUACUUGCAUCUAUCCACUCGAUCUGAUGCGAUCUUAACACGACCAAGGCUCGUUCUGUUCAACCAAUCUGCGACAUAGCGUCGAUCUCUGCAAUAUAUCCUCGCAAGUGCGCGACCUCGGCCGAUCAAGGCUCAAUCUUGGCCGAUCUAGCUACGUACGAGUUGCAACGUACCCUCGAUCAAUAUGAUUUAGCCUGCGAUAUAAACAUUCUAGCCUCGCUCUGUAUGCUCAAUUCUCUAUCUUUUCUAGACAGAUUCUCGCCUGAGCUAUGCGCAAAUUUGUCAUGGUCGCCUGGAUUUGUGUGCGACCCACUGUGACCGUAUAAAAAGGCCCGGCGAUCGGUGGCCGACCAUCAGUUUUUGACCAGCCUCCGAAGGGACAACAUGGACCCAAUCGCUCUGCAUCAUGCUAUUGCGCCCUAUUUAUAUGACGUUCAGUAGGCGUAGCUUAAUCGGAUUAGGCGAAGAUAGGUCGCAACUUAAGCGAUGGUCGAUCUUUAUUGGUUGAAGUAGGUCGCACCUUAAUCCUCUUUAUGCGCCCUAUUUAUAUGACAUUCAGUACGCGUAGCUUUAAUAGGAUUAGGCGAAGGUAGGUCGCAACUUAAGCGAUGGUCGAUCUUUAUUGGUUGAAGUACAGGGAUGCAAACGGUGCGCCUUUUGGCGGAUGCCGCCUUUUUCACGGCUGAAUCGCGCAGAUCCAAUUUUUUUUUUAGGGGGGGCGUUGGAGUGUCUGAUUAUAAUUUCAUCAAAGUAAAUUCUGUAUAUAAGCAAAUG